AUUUUCGAUAGAUUUUUGUGCUGUUUUAUUUCCAAGUUACCUGUCGUGAGUCGUGAGUUUUAUCCUUUUUUGAGUGAUCUGUUGUUCGAGUUGAUAGCUCCUAAUCAAAAUGAUGGUCAACACGGAAAUGCCUUUUGAUACUAAACAACUGGCCAAUGUCCGAGUAAACCUGUCUAGUGUGGUUCGGUCGGUUGACCUCUUGACUUCGGCGCUUAUCAAACGCGUCACGGAUGCCGAAUUCCUCGAGUACACGUUGCAGGCGCUCAAGCUAACCGAUCUGACAACGCUCGCCGGCGAUGAUACCGAAUCCAAUGUCGCUCGUCUGUGCUUCCGGGCUGCGUACCCAUUCUCCGACGUGUCUGCUUAUUCAAAACUCGAAGAAAAGCCACACACAGCUGCCGUCUGUGUGUAUCCCAACCGCGUGGCUGAUGCAAACCGUGCCCUGCAGUCACUCGGAAAGAGCGGAACAAUUCAAAUUGCGUCCGUUGCGACCGGCUUUCCGUCCGGAUCGUACCCACUUGAGACGCGACUGAACGAAAUUCGUUUCGCUGUCGAGCAGGGUGCCACCGAGAUCGACAUCGUAAUCGAUCGUAGCUUGGUGCUGACCGGAAAGUGGACCCAAUUGUACGACGAAAUUGUUAGCAUGCGCAAGGCGUGCGGUGAUAAGGUUCACCUCAAAACGAUCCUCGGCAUCGGAGAGUGUGGCACGAUGGUGAAUGUCUACAAAGCUUCAAUGGUAGCGAUGAUGGCCGGAUCGGAUUUCAUUAAAACAUCCACCGGCAAGGAGGCGGUAAAUGCGACGCUUCCCGUCGGGCUCGUUAUGAUUCGUGCCAUUCAGAAGUUUUAUCGCUUGACGGGUAAGAAAAUCGGUCUGAAACCUGCGGGUGGCGUAAGAACCGUGCGGGAUGCCAUCGCCUGGAUGAUCAUGAUCCGCGAGACGCUCGGUGAAGAGUGGCUCAAGCCGGAGCUAUUCCGUUUUGGUGCGUCUGGCUUACUGGACGACAUUGAAAAACAGUUCUAUGCAGUUUCCAAGCGAUUAGGCAGAUGAGUCAGUGGAGAGGACAACCGGGUGAAACAACAAGUGCAGUGCUAUGAAUGAUGCAUUCCCUAUAUCUGUAUGUUUUGUUUUCUACGUUUGUGCAUUAAAUGUUAUAUGUUCUUUUCUAUA